AUGUCUCCUUCUGCUGAAAUAUUCAAAUCGUAUUGGGAAACCCCAAGCCUCGCACCUGUUUCGGUUUGUAAAUAUUUUUUAGCCUUCUUAACUGCAUAUGACGAAACGCCAAAACUUCUUCAAAUUUUGGGAAGGCAUUUGACUAAACCUUGCUUAAGACCAAAUAUCAAACGAUCUUUUAUCGCCUAUCGAAGUACCAAUACACUGGGAGUAGCAUCAAAAAUUUUUAUAAGCUCUCAUCAACCGGCGUUUAAUAACGGUACAGUAAUCAGAUAUAAAUGCAAGCCAAACGAAGUUUCCACAAAAUGGAAUUCAAUAAUUUGCAGCGAUGGGUCAUGGAACUUCUAUCAUGAACCUUGUGGUAAGAAUAAUGUAGUCUGCAGUUACGAUAUCCCGGAAACCAGUGGCAGGAUAUUAAAAUUGCGUUGCAGACACGAUCAUGGAACAUGUGAUUAUGAAGUGGAUCUUAGUUCAAGGAUUAGAGCUUAUUCACCAGAUUUAAAGCGAUAUAUAACAUUCAGUCAAAAAUUCCCUGAAAAUGCAAUACUUCAAUUCUCUUGCGCCGAUGUUGGUGAAAAACAGCUUCGUGGCAACGACUAUACAAUAUGUAGAAAUAACCAGUGGAUAUUUAAAAUACCAAAAUGUGUUGCUCUUAAUAUUGAAGAUGGACCCCCACCGAUCCGAUUUCAAGUGCAACACGGCCCAUAUAGCGUGUCUCCUAGAGGAGAACUUAUUGUCAAUGUUGCCUCUACUGUUUAUCUGUAUUGCCUUUUCGCAUUUGGUAAAAAGCAACCGGUAUGGAAAACUACUUCAGAGUACAGGGACUAUCCACAGCAUAUCCUGUCGACAGCAGAUUUACACUAUGGAAAUUGCAGUGCUUUUCAGCUCAUCAUUAAUGCAGCUCUAUUUCAAGAUCAAGGAGAAUUUCAAUGCGUUUCUUACGAUGGACAGCGCAAUUCAAUAAAAAUUCUUGUGAAAGACAAGACCUGCGACAGACCACAGAACCGGCCAAUGCUGAGAACAUAUCCAACCCAACAUCAGUACUUUACCGGUGCAUCAAUUCAAUUUUCAUGCCCCGAAAAAUAUCAGCUCGAUGGAGCACGCUCCUCAAUUUGUAUUGACGGACAUUGGUCCCAUCCACCACCAACCUGCCAACCGUCACAGUGUCCACCAAUAUCGCUUACUGAGGAUGCCCUAUCUGUAACUGUAACCUCUUAUGCAUACGGUGGCCUCGCUCACUUCACAUGUUCUUCGACACAUGAACUGGUCGGCAGCGAAUACCUACAGUGCUCAACGAACGGAAAAUGGACUAAUAAUACACCGAAGUGCAAAAGCACUCUACAAUGCACAUUUCCGGGUAUAUCACCUCACUGCAAGAUGAAUGCAAUCCCGAGACCAAUAUACCUCCAAAACGAUAUUGUUAUUUACUAUCCUGAAGACUCGGAGUACAAACUUGAUUCUGAAGGAGUUCUGGUCUGUCUAGCAACAGGAAGCUGGUCUAAACCAGUGCCAACGUGCUCAACUGUAUAA